AUGCGUUCCGAGUUACGGGUCCCUGGACUGCUAGAGUUUGUGUUGUAUCUAUAUGAAAAUAUAAGCAUCAGCGGAGGCGAAUGGAAGGGUUUUUGGCCACUAUCCCGCUGUUUACAGGCAUGUAACUAUGACCUAGCAUGUGAGGCAGUGGACUGGAAUGGGAUGUGUUGGUUUCAUUACAAUUCUACGUCGUGCAAUGGAUUAAGAUUUGGAAACAAUAUUCGUCACUAUCAGAUGAAACAAUGUCCUGGUAAUCCCGCCUACAACUGCUCCUGCUCUACAGGAGGAACGUGUGUAAGAACAUAUACCUCACCGACACAGAUAUCUUCAGAGGAGUGUGUGUGUAACCUGGGACGUACUGGUGACCAGUGUCUUGGUUUUGUGGAAUGCACUGCCCUGACUAUACCUAACGCAGCCCCCUCUCCGGCACCUGGAGGUUACAGAUUUGGCAGCACUGUUACCUAUACCUGUAACAGUAGGUAUCAACUCAGCGAUGGUUCUGGUAACAGUUUCACACUGACUUGCGGUCCUAGAGGAACGUUUGAAGGGGAGAGGAAAACGUGCACCAGAACCUGUGACCUUCCUGUAGGUGAUCACCUGAGACAGGUAACACAGCGUUCCGUUACCUUUGAAGGACAAACUAUCACAUAUACAUGCGACACUGGCUUCCAAUUCAACGACACGUCAACGGUAAAGAACCUAACUUGUCAAGCCGAUGGAACAUUUGAUCAGAGUUUACCUAGCUGUGCUCCUAUAUCGUGUGUUUUUCCUACUGAUAAAUUCAAUUUGGAUUUGGCAGAAGGACCAUAUGUCUACAAGCAGAAUGUGACGUUGUCUUGCAUUCCUGGAUAUCAUUUCUCUGGUUAUGACGUCGACGCGUCGUUUAAGUCACAAUGCAUUGCGACAAAUACUCUGGAACCGCCAAUACCAGACUGCAUAAAAAGAACAUGUACUUUACCUCAUUUAAACAAUACAGUCACAGCUUCUGAUAGCACGACUCUAUUCUUCAUGACUUCAGUUGAAUUCAAAUGUAUGAAAGGUUUUCAAUUCCCGGAUGGUAAUACCAGUGUAACUUUGACGUGCGAUGAAACUGGUGGAUUUGGUGUGGACUCUCUUAGUUGUACAGCGGUGUUGCCUGAGGCUGGUACCCAAACAGCAUCCACAGACCCCAACAAUGGUGUCAGUGUCGGUGUGGGCGUUACUGGAGCGAUAGUGCUGAUAUUUCUUGUUGUAAUAGUUGUUGUAUUCGUCAAACGUAGACGUAAACAGUGCCACUCCUCCCAGCCGCCCAGGGCCGUUAAAGCGGAUCACAGCGACACCUCCGAGUUACACCAAAACAGUUUGAGUCAGCCAGAGUAUGUGUCACUGGAGGCCAAAACUAUGUCAACAGUUAACCGCGUGGCUGAAUAUGUUAACGUUAAUGACAGCGAUUAUACUGCCCUUAGUACUGUAGCAAUCAAAGAUAGUCACAGACAUCCAACACCUGCUAACGCGGUUAACUGUGACAACUCAGAGUUAUACCAAAACAGUUUGAGUCCGCCAGACAGUGCUGAUAGGGAUCACGAGUAUUUGUCACUGGAGGCCAAUACUAUGUCAAAAGGCAACCGCGUGGCUGGGUAUGCUAAUGCCAGUGACAGCACGUACACUGUUCUUGGCAUGCCAACAAACGAAAGUAAUCAACAACAACCAACAGCCGCUGGCAUAUAUCAAAAUGAGGUGUAACUUGUUCAA